ACAGACGAAUGCGCAUUUAGAAUUUGUAGUUUGUGGCUAAAACAUAUUGCAAAAUGAAGUCUCUAUCGCUGGUUGUAAUUCUAUUGGCCCUGGGCAUCGUGCAGGCCAACAAAGUGCCCGAAAUUUAUGCUGGUCAGUCGCGUUCUGCGAGCAGCAUCAUUGUGGAUGCAUUGGAGGCUAUUAAGGUGCAAAUGGUUGAAGGCUGGCCACAAUAUGGUAUACCACCUCUUGCACCACUCGAAAUACAUCAUAAGGAUUUCAACUAUGAAACGGGAGAGAUGCACGCCAAUGGCGCCCUCGAUGAUGUCAUCGUGAGUGGAUUGAACGAGUUUGAGAUUGUUAAAAUGUCGGUCAAUUUGCCAUUAAGCCGUAUAACGAUGGAGUUCAACUUUGCCAGCUUGAAUUUGACCACCAAAUAUAAGGCAGAUGUGGGCGCCGGUUGGCAAAUGGCUCGCGAUGGCGGCGCCUUCUUAGCUCUGGAAGAUCUGAACAUUUCCGGACAGAUCAGGUACUCCACUGGUUUAGUUGGCAGCAAUAACUAUCUGCGCAUUAAAGGUAUUCAACUCCAAAUUGUCGUCGGCAAUGUGGUGUCCAAUAUUGAGAAUCUAUCCAAGUAUCGUAUUGUCAAUCGCAAACUUAACGAAAUUAUCGAGGAGUUUAUAAACCUCACUAUUAAUGAUAAUGUCGACUUUGUGACUGAAUGGAUUGACUCCACAGUGACGCCCGCGUGCAAUAAUCUGAUUGGCGAUCGUACACUCAAGGAUAUUAUUGACCUUAUCGGAGGUGGCGGUGGCAAUUUGAUUUGAUUCUAACCUUGUGAUCCAAUAUAAAUUGUGCAAAUUCAACUUUGAAAUAUAGUUAGCUAAUCUAAGCCGUAAAAUCAA